UUGGCUGGGAAACCAUUGGUAGCAUUGCCAAAUGUCGGCUGUUUACUGAGGCUACAGACCAUGCUGACAGUGUAGACUGUCCAUGGCACAGGCCAGGCUUAUGUUUAGUGUAUUGCAAGUCUUUAAUAUUCUCUUUGAUGUGAUUUUACUAAUUAAAGAUGAUAGCAGCUUGGAUAUACGGUGGAAACUGGAUAAUACAGACACUGACAGGACAUGCUAUAUUGUCUUUAUUAAGUGGGUUAAUUUUAGAGAAAAUAUGAGCUAUUUUUUUGCUGGGACAAAUGAAACUGUCCGCUUUAUACAGGUGUCUGUAGAGCAGGUUCCCACUAUAGUCAAAUUCUCAGCAUACAUUGUAGCAUAUCUGUGAUCUUUCUUUGUUACAGCAAAACAGAGUUGUAGGUGCAAUGCAGCUAUAUUCAACAGAACGCAAAGUCAGUCAGCCAAUUGAGGGACAUGCUGCUGCGUUUAUGCAGUUCAAAGUAGAAGGCAAUGCACAGGAAUCCACUCUGUUUAGCUUUGCUGUCAGAGGAGCUCAAGGUGGCAAGGUGAUAGAACUGUCUGCAUGUACAUUUGUACUACCCUGUGAUAAUUAUAUUAUCCAAGCAUCUGUAGCCCUUAUGAGGAAUAUUAUCUUAACACCAUCUUUCGAUUGAUGGCACAUCUUGUGUAUGAAACUAUUCUUAUCUGAAGGGCCUUCAUUUGUUGUCUCGAAGUAGUUGUACCAAAAGUUUCUACUCUUAAGUUAGGGUAAUUUCUAAAACAUGCUCUUGUUUAAUUACAGUUGCAUGUCAUAGAGGUCGGCACCCCUCCUGCAGGCAAUCAGCCAUUUCCAAAAAAGGCAGUGGAAGUUCUCUUUCCUCCAGAAGCUCAAAAUGACUUCCCAGUUGCAAUGCAGGUAGGAUUUACAUUAUUAGUUAUUGACCUUUUAACCUCUUUUAUCUGCAUAGAUAUUCUCCGUAUUGUUCUCCUAAUAUUGUUAAUGAUAUAGUAAGGAGAAUUUGUUAAAGGAACAGAUUAAAUAUGGUCAGACCUCUCUACAUUGCAGGCCACAUAAAGUGCAGUAUUACAUCCUAUUCCAUGUGUGUAAAUCUGCCUUAUUUCACAGACAAAACAUGUGUAAAAGAGUCCACAAAAAUACAUGAUAAAAUACACGCAAAUUAUCACAAACCGUGUGCAAAAUCUUACAUCCAGAGCUUAUCGUCUUAGUUUAUUUGAUAAAUUUCAUUGUUGGGUGAACUCUAUGAAGUGCUGCAAAACAAUCUCUUGUCCUCAAACAUCAUUUUGGAAAAAGAAAUGGCUUUAUAUCAAUUAUUACAAUGUAACUAGUAAUAAAAGAUUUGUUACUCCAACAGUGUUUUGUCAAUGUAGUAGGGGCUAUACAGAGUGCUUUCUUGCUCAACUGAACCAGUGCUUAUCAUUUAAAAAAUGUGUGUGGCUUUUUAGGUCAGUCAGAAACAUGGCAUAAUCUUCCUUAUUACCAAAUAUGGAUACAUUCAUCUCUAUGACGUGGAAAGUGGAUCUUGCAUUUACAUGAACCGAAUCAGUGGUGAUACUAUCUUUGUAACAGCACCACAUGAGCCUACAGAGGGGAUAAUUGGUGUGAACAGAAAAGGACAGGUAUGCUACACAACAUUAAUUUUAUAGUUUUCAAAAUGUUAAUGUUGCAGAUGUCUUGUGGUAAACAAUUUAUUGCGUUUGGAAACAAAAAGUGUGGUAAUACUCCUGAGUAAUGUACCUGUCUUUAAGUUCAAUAAGCAGUAAAUGCAUUGUUUUAAGUGGAAGUGCACCUAGUUCUGUGUACAAACUCUUUCGCUUCCAAAAGUGGCCAAAGCCAAAAUUAAAUUUGGGAAAAGCAAUAAAUAGCAAAAAAAAACAUGUGUAAGUAUUGGCAAAGAGGUUUUAUUUGAUUGGUCACACCAUAAAAGGCUAUGCUCUAGCAGUGCCCAGUGGCCCCUAGCACCUAACUUUUACUCCCGGGAGACUGGAAACUCUUAGUCUUUUCAUAGAAGCUCACAUGUUGGGCACCCUGGAUUUCACAGGUUCAGAGCACUGGGCUCCUCCUUUCAGUAUUUCGCAGAGCACAGUCUUGUAAAUUCACCCACAGACUAGUAUACAAAGUCCGUCAGCUAAUUUAGGGACUUGGUGGUUAGAACCACCUUACAAGAUUCCAUCUUUCACUGUGGGAGUUCAGGUAUUUGAGGAAAAAAAUUUUAAGUGAAAAUACCCUCUAAAAAAGUUGUACAUGUAUAAAGUUUUCCAUCUUGAAGGUUUUCAAAUGACAAGACUUUGUCUUUGUAGGUAUUAUCUGUGAGUGUUGAGGAAGACAACAUUAUUCCAUACAUCACCAACGUACUCCAGAAUCCUGAUUUAGCCCUUCGACUGGCCGUGAGAAACAACCUGGCUGGAGCUGAGGAGCUGUUUGUUAGAAAGUUCAACACUUUGUUCAACAAUAUGCAGUACGCAGAGGCAGCAAAAGUUGCUGCAAAUGCUCCAAAGGUAAGCAAUAACCGAUUUAUCUAAAUAAAUGUCGAACGUGUUUUCUUAUCAAAGUGCCCAUAAGUUAAGUCAAUAAACCUUGUACAUGUGUAAUUUACAGGCCUAACUUGUUUUCAGACUUUAAAACAAUAGGUACGCUUUUAAUGGAUUGCUAAAAAUUGGAUAUGAGUUGAAAUUGUGCUGGAUCCAAAAUGUUUUCUUGGAUUUCUGGUACACAAUAUCUCCCUUUCUGUUGCUUACAGACCUUGCAGUUUAGAAGAUAUUACAUAAAUCUAGAAAAGGCACCCCACACCUUAUUCGCAAAUCAUUUCUGUUUUUCCCCAACCCCUUUAUUACGGCCAUAAAAUGUUUUAAAUGAUUCUUUCUUAUUGGUAUUUCCUGUGCACCACUAAUGAGUAAUGAUCAUUGCUUUGUUUUCAUAGGGUGUCCUGCGAACACCACAAACCAUCCAGCGAUUUCAGCAAGUGCCAUCUCAACAGGGCCAAACUUCUCCUUUGUUGCAGUAUUUUGGUAUUUUGUUAGACCAGGGUAAACUCAACAAGUUUGAGUCUUUGGAGCUCUGCAAACCUGUUCUACAACAAGGAAGGAAACAGCUUCUUGAGAAAUGGCUAAAGGAAGAGAAGGUAGAUUGCUGCUGGUCAAGUUGUUUUAUUAUUAUUAUUUUCAUUAUUUAUUAUUAUUAUUAUUUUAUUUUAUUUUUUGUCAUUUUGCUUCUUUGUGCUCCUUUCAUAUUGGUAACUGUAGGAUUUACAGUUGAUUUCUUUGCCUUAAAGUGGGCUUUAUCACAAUGUUUUGGUUAUUGCUUUAAACUGCAAAAACAUGUUAAAUGAAAGAAAACUUCAAACUGAAAUACAGUUACAUCCUACUUUUUCAAGUUCAAUUUUUGGUGUUUUUGAAAACAAAAGCACCUUCCCCUUGGAGAGAAUCAGUUGUGAAAUGUGAUGAAGGAUGUAAAGUUGAAUUUCAGUGAGUUGUGACUGGAAACUUCAAACCAACCAUGACAUAGCGUAUAGCAUGUGGCAGCCAGUGGGUAGAAUACAGUGAUCAACUAAUUGGAACCCUGAAAAUAAAGUAAAAGAUAAAAAGUUUUAUAUGUUUUGAAACAGUGAUUUAUAUGAAAAAGCACUCAAUAGGGAAGAAUUUUUAAGAAGUAAACAGCAGAUUUUGAGUGCAAGGCACAACCUGCAAAGCUUAUUAAAUUUACACUGUACAUACAUGUAUAAGCCUCUGUGAUGAAUAUCUAUAUCACCAUCUUUCGCUUGAUGGCUCUAAAGUCUGUGAAACAACUGUAUUUGACCUGAGAGGCGCACAUUUUCUGUUUGGGAUUUGUUUCACUCACUUUUGUUGUUCUGUUUUUUUUUUUUUUUUAAUUUCUGAAUUGGUUCAUUUCUUCUCCUGGCAGCUGGAAUGCAGUGAAGAACUGGGUGAUCUGGUGAAGCAAGUUGAUCCUACUCUUGCUCUUUCAGUGUAUCUCCGAGCAAAUGUACCAAGCAAGGUAAAUUAAGUCUAUUCUUUUACUAAUCUUGUCAAAUGUACCUCUGUCUUAGCAUCUUCUGUAGUCCUGUCAAAACAGAAUGUUAUGAAUGUAGCUGUUAAUUUCUCUUGGUUUAGUUAUUUACUCCACAUUAAACUCAGAAGCAAAUUGUAAAGCCAGGGUGUCUUAGAAAAAGGGGUGAUUCAAGAUGCAAAAACUUUGCUUUCAGGAUUGAGUAGAGUUUUCAGGUGUCAAGUGAUUGUCAACUUACAUUUUCUGGGGCUGUAUUCUUGUCUUUCUCCAGGUGAUUCAGUGUUUUGCUGAAACAGGCCAGUUCCAAAAGAUUGUGUUAUAUGCAAAGAAAGUUGGCUACACACCUGACUAUAUCUUUCUUCUGCGGAACUUAAUGAGGGUCAACCCAGAGACUGGUGGUCAGUUUGCAACAAUGCUGGUACAAGAUGAAGGAGAGCCCCUUGCAGACCUUAGUCAGGUAACUAGAACUUUGUUAAAAAGGAAAAUGAAAGAAAAGAAAGAAAGUAUUGGCCAUAUUCAACAAAAAUUGCAGUUUUUGCUGUGCCAGUGCUUUCAAUAAACACCAACAGCAUGUGAAAAUUAUUUGCUACUUCACUCAGAGACAUCAGCUACUUUUUCUGUAACCUGAAGUAAUUGUUUUUGUAUGCAAAAUUUUUCAUGCAAGAGAAAGUUUCAUUGACCUGAGUGCUUGUAUCAAAAGACUAUGUCCGUGUGAAAAUUUCAGAUUGUUGAUGUGUUCAUGGAGACCAACCAAGUUCAGGCCUGUACAUCAUUCCUCCUUGAUGCUCUUAAAAACAACCGUCCCACUGAAAGCCAUUUGCAGACAAGGCUGCUAGAGAUGAACUUACUUACUGCACCUCAGGUUAGUUCUCGCAGCACUCAUUAAUCACUUAAACAAGAGUGAUCAGAAUGAAAUUUCUCCUUGUAAUAUCGAUUCUCUAUAAAACUGGGUGGUAAUAAGAAUAAAGGACAUGAUCAAACAUUUACAUUUAUAUUUACCAUUUACAGCCAACCCCUCACAUUCGAGGAUUAUUGGCUGGGUUAGUCAGCAAAACAAAAACAAAACAAAAAAAGUUACCUUAAUAGGCUGAUAAACAGGUAGAUGAUUUAGGCAGCUUAUAUGGGCUUUGAAAGUAUCUAAAGUGCAGUGUUUGCUGAAGGCAGAAGCAGGCAAAUUGUUUCAAUGAAUAAUUGUUCUGGAGAAAAAGGAUAGAUACUCGGAGGACAGGCUAGUUUGAAGCAGGAGUCGUCCCCGGAAGAGGGCCGUAAGCCGACUGUCAAUCUGACGUUGCUCUAGGGUACACCAUCCCAGGUCAAAGCAAAGCAUGUUGGUGACGCGUCUGAUGAGAUGAAUUCAAUUGAUACUUAAACAACCUUUCCCAACUGCUUGAAAAUGUUUACAGGCAACAAUUAGAAUACAAAUUUGGAUGUUAGAGUUUAAAGGGCUAAUAAUAGUGCCAAUUUGUGACCAAUUUUGUAUGAACUUUAAUCAGUCCGUAUGAUAUUAAAAAGAUCACAAUGGUAUAAUCAGCAAUCAUUGAGAUGAAGAUUUACAGUUUAUAACUAGUCAAAUAUAUGCUUGUUCAAACAGGUUGCAGAUGCCAUCCUCGGAAACCAGAUGUUUACUCAUUAUGAUAGAGCACACAUUGCCCAGCUCUGUGAAAAUGCAGGACUCCUGCAAAGGGUGAGUGAGCAUUCAUACUUCCUCAAAUGACUUUUAUUUGAUCCAAAGAAAAAAGGGCCUUUAUAGGACAUUUUCCCUGAAUAAGGAAUCUUGGAUUGUGAGUAAACAGAAACAUUUCUUUGUUUGUUGUCUCUAUAGGCCCUGGAGCACUACACAGACAUCUUUGACAUCAAGAGAGCCAUUGUCCACACUCACCUGCUUAAUCCUGAGGUAAUACAUUUGUUUCUAUCAAUGUUGCUUUCUUUUUUUUAUAUGGUUUCCACCUAUAAAAUGAAUUUCUAAAAUUAAUAGAGAAUAUACAUUUAAUCCUGCAGUGGCUUGUAAACUACUUUGGAUCUCUGUCCGUGGAGGAUUCCUUGGAAUGCUUGCGAGCCAUGCUCACUCACAAUAUUCGGCAGAAUUUGCAGAUCUGUGUCCAAGUGGCCACCAAGUAUCAUGAACAACUCACCACUGCUGCUCUGAUUGAGCUGUUUGAGUCAUUCAAGAGUUUUGAAGGUAAAUGUCUUGAAACUUAAAAUAUUCUUCUGGAAUGAUCAUUAUGAUCACUUGUAGAUGACUGAAAUUUAUGUGAACCUUGCGUAACCUUGUCAGCAGAGACAACCUGAAAGCCUCUGCAGUGUUCACAUCAAGAGAAUUACAGUAUAUACAUUAACACUGCUUUCUGAGUCCCCAAUGUCCCGUGUCCCCUGUGUCCUGUUGUGUCCCUUGUGUCCCCCAUGUCCCCUUGUGUCUUCUUGUGUCCCUUGUGUUCCCCAUGUCCCCUUGUGUCCCUUGUGUCCCCUGUGUCCCUUAUGUCCCCCGUGUCCCCUUGUGUCUCCCCUGUGUCCCUUGUGUCCCGUGUCCCCUGUGUUCCCUUUGGCCCCUGUGUCCCCUUUGUCCCCUGUGUCCGUUUGUGUCCCCUUGGGUCCCCUAUGUCCCUUGAGUCCCCCAUGUUCUCUGUGUCCCUUGUGUCCCAUGUGUCCCCUGCAUGUUCUUGUGUCUCUUGUGUCUUUUUGUGUUCCUUGUGUCCCCUGUGUCCCUUAUGUCCCCUGUGUCUUCUGUGUCCCCUGGCAUCCUCUUGUGUCCCUUGUAUGUCCCUUGCUGUCCCUUGCCCCUUGUGUACCUUGUGUCCCCUGUGUCUCCUUUCCCAUUUAAAAAACAUGAAAUAUAUGGCAGCGUCAUGUGUGUUAAUACAGUAUAUGCAUCAUUAAGAAUAGUGAAAAAAUUCUAAGCUUCAAAUCUGUAGCUAUUCAAUCCAAAAGUUAUCACUUUGUUGUGUGUUUUUAGGACUGUUUUAUUUCCUGGGAUCUAUUGUAAACUUCAGCCAGGAAGCAGAUGUGCAUUUCAAGUACAUUCAGGUAAAGUCAGUGAAGUAUUAAGUAUCUACUCUAAUGCGAUAGUGUUUACCUCGUACCUUUUCCUGUAUUUUUUUUCUUCAGGCUGCCUGUAAAACUGGCCAAGUUAAGGAGGUGGAGCGUAUUUGCAGAGAAAGUAACUGUUAUAAUGCAGAAAAAGUCAAAAACUUCCUCAAGGUAACUUGUUGUUAAUUCUAGAUUUUUUGUAAAUUUUGUUAAUGCCAAGUUAUGUAAUUUGGUUUGCUUGUCUAUCUGUUAUUUAUUUUCUCUCUCUAUCUUUCUUUCAGGAAGCUAAGCUGACUGAUCAACUUCCCCUGAUCAUUGUCUGUGACAGAUUCGAUUUUGUGCAUGACUUGGUGUUGUAUCUAUAUCGAAACAACCUUCAAAAGUACAUUGAGAUCUAUGUACAAAAGGUAAGGUUGUGGGAAAUCAAGCUCAUGUCAUAAAGCUGGUCCAAUCUAAACCUUUCCUUGUCUUUGCCUCUUAACGCCCCUUUCUUUGGUAGUUUUUUCGUUUGUUUGCUGUGUAAUUUUACUCUGAAAUGAUCUUGCUGUGUUUGUUUUUUUCCAGGUGAAUCCAUCUCGUCUCCCCAUAGUGGUUGGAGGCUUACUGGAUGUUGACUGCUCAGAGGACAUCAUUAAAAGUCUUAUGAUGGCUGUGCGUGGUCAGUUUUCUACCGAUGAGCUAGUUGAAGAAGUGGAAAAAAGAAACCGACUCAAACUGCUUCUCCCCUGGUUGGAGGCCAAGAUUCAUGAUGGUUCUGAAGAACCUGCGACUCAUAAUGCUCUGGCUAAGAUUUAUAUUGAUGCCAAUAACAAUCCAGAGCGAUUCCUUAGGUUAGUGAAGUGUUUCUUGACAGUUAGGUAUUAUCUGUAUCUAUUCAGGCGAAUUUGUGGCAGCUAAUAAGACCGUGACAUACACAGAAGUCUCAGCAAAUGACUCAAUUUGUCACAAGUUUAUCAAUAUCUCAGUGGUUACUACGGCAUUAGGGAACAACCCUGUCAAAUGUAAAUGAGCACAUGUAUUUCAUGUAGUAGGCAGUAUAUAUGUUGCAACACAAAGAGAAAAGUCCCACCAUCUCCACCCCCGGUUUGGAGUGUGUACAGUUAAGGAAAUGGCAGAAAGAAACCUUGUGACAUGGACAAUGAGCAUGAAGGAAGCUCUACAUGCCACUGAAACAUCUGAAAGAUGUAGCGAACUACCGAGUAUGUGUCUGCAAAACGACUGCAGAUUUCUGGCACUGUGGAUGCUCUUUGUUGUUAAUUCCUUUAAACUUCAUUUAAAUGCAUGUAAAUUAAUAUUAUUCGAGCAAUCAAACAAAAUUACUGGCGAAGAGCAUGUUUAGAGGGCUGACAGUGCUCUACCUGUGGCAAGAGUGUUCAAUUAACCAGUUGUGAUUUAUUUACAAAUUCAAAUGAAAUUUUUAUUUCAGGGAAAAUCCUUAUUAUGACAGCAAAGUUGUCGGAAAAUAUUGUGAAAAGAGAGAUCCACACCUAGCUUGCAUAGCAUAUGAAAGAGGGCAGUGUGAUGCAGAGCUCAUUAAGGUACAAAUUUUCCGUACAAAUACCAGUUUGGAAGUAGUCAGAUCAUUAUUUUUCACUCUCAGUUUUCAGUACACUGCUUUGAUGUGAACAUUUAAAAAGUUGUUUUAUUUAUGGACCGUUUACUUGACACCGGAAUGCCUUCAAUUCUGGAACGAGUUCUUUCCAUCUUUGUAAUUACAAUAUUUCUCUGCAUUUGUUUACAUUAUGCUCAAACAAGAGUUCAUUCACAUUCCUGAAUGAGUAUAUUCGGGAACUUCUUUCUAGAAUAAAACCUAUUCAGGAAUGAAAGUCAUUCCAGUAUCAUGUAAAAAUCUCUCUAACAGACACUCUUCUAAAGGGACAGUUCUACUUGCAGCUGCAUUGAUAGAGACACCAUCAGUUGUACAGUCGCUAUUUUACUUCCAGAGGGUGUUCACUCAGUACAGCUUUAUCUAUGGCCACACAGUCACACUCAAACUUCACUAUUUAUUCUAUACAAGAAUUAUUCUUGUAAACAUCAAUCUAUAGCCUGUAACUUAGAAUUAGUCCAGGCAUAUUGAGAGAAGUGAAUUGAAUUAAAUAUUUAUAGGUCUGACAGGUUUAAUGUAAAGUACCUGAAGAAAUUUUUAUGUAUAAUGGUUUCACCUCUCUUUUUUAAGGUCUGUAAUGAAAACUCAUUGUUCAAAAGCCUCGCAAGAUAUCUGGUGCGGAGAAGAGACCCAGAUCUUUGGGCAGAAGUGUUGCAGGAGACCAACCAGUUCCGUCGACAGCUUAUUGAUCAGGUAAAUCAAGCUAAAUUACAGUGCAUGUGUACAUCAACUGCCGCUGAGAAAAGCCACUGAUUAGAAUAAUGCAUUCACAUUAACCCCCUUUAUUCUUAAUUGCUCAGUGAGUCAAGUGUAGGCACAUUUCCUUGGAGUUGAAUUCUUAAAGCAUGCAUCCAUUUUUUAGGAGACAAGAAAAUUCAUUUUACUUUGUCAAUUCUCCACAACAUGUCACAUUAGAAAAGUUACUUUGCAGUUGUGCUAUGGGUGAAAAAGAAAUAUUCCAAAAGGUGUGAUGCAUGUCCAUAGCUUUUGUUUUGCUUAUUAGAGUUUGUUUUUUCUUUACAUUUUGGUUGCCAUUAUCUUUGUGGUUUUAAUGGCAUUAUUAAAGGUGUGUCUGUAGAGCAGUCACGUUAGAUCAAAGAAGUCAAUGAGAUUGUUAUUUAUAGUCAUUAAAGCACCCCACUUUGUGGUUCAUAAAUUUUUUAGGCUCAAAUUUAAAAGCGGUGAAGCACAUGUUGUUAUCCUUAAACUACUGCUUUAACUGCUUAUUACCAUAGGUUGUGCAUCUUUGACCGCACAGCAGAAACAGUUUCUGCCAAUAUUCCAACUUCUCUCAGGGAAAUGUUGAAAACAUCCCGUAUGUCCCUUUCCCACUGCCUUCUCGGUCUUUCUCUUCCUUUUUCCCAUCUAUCUUUCCCUUCAAGAUGAUCUUUCCCAGGCCCUCCCUUUUUUUCAAAUGGACAAAAAUACUUGAGCUUUAACCACUUUGUUUUUAUUCUAAGGUUGUACAAACAGCUCUGUCUGAGACCCAGGAUCCUGAGGAUGUAUCAUGCACAGUCAAAGCUUUCAUGACAGCUGAUCUUCCCAAUGAACUCAUUGAACUUCUGGAGAAGAUUGUCCUUGAAAAUUCUGUCUUCAGUGACCACAGGUAGGGAGGCACUACUGAAAUUAUUAGAGAGAUUAAGAGUCGUGAAUAGAAAAGAAAAUAAGCAGUUAAAACUGUCCAGCAAAUCUUCCUUUAGAUUUCAUUUUUCCAAAGAAAGAAAGGAGGAAAUAUGAUUCUUGGACGUAUACUCAAAUAAUGGCCAGUCUUGACCCCAAGUGCUUUGUUAAAACAUUGUAAUCUUUACUUGUUAAAAAAAAUAUGUGAAGAAAUAUUAUUUUAUUCCUCAUCUAAAUUGAGUGGCAUAUCCGCUUUACCUUACACAAUUAUUUUUGCUUAUCUUCCAGGAACCUGCAAAACUUGCUGAUCUUAACAGCUAUCAAGGCUGAUCGGACACGUGUUAUGGAAUACAUCACUCGCUUGGACAACUAUGAUGCCCCUGACAUUGCCAGCAUUGCUAUUGGUAGUGAACUUUAUGAAGAAGCUUUUGCAAUUUUCAAGAAAUUUGAUGUUAACACAUCUGCCAUUCAGGUAUAGUCUGAUUCUAUGUGAAAGCCUCAUUUAUACAGUUAGCUUGUUAUAAUAACCAAUUUGAUUUUUUUCUGACAGAAUCACAAAAGUUUUCGUCAAAGAAAAUGCCAUUAAUGCAGCCAGUGGCCACAUUCUGAGACCCCAAUAUGUAAUGGAGGCGAUCUAUUCAACCAAAAUUCCGACCGGUCUGACCGGGAAAAGUGGUCCACCUGAAAAGGUGGACCAGUUUUUUCGAAACUUUUCUGGUUGGGCUGAACCGAUCCAUCGAGUUUUGGACCGAAAUUUCUGGCAAUUUUUGAAUGGAUCACGGCCAGCAUUUCUAUAUAAAUGCGCUUCACUUACAUGGCCACCCAACCAACUGGGCAUCAGACAAAAGAACUUAAAAAUUCCCUUUGGUGAUAAUUUUUAUACACUGUAAUUUGUAAUUCUCAAAGCCUUUUCUCUUGAUAAUGUAUUUGUAUUGUUGGGAGAAAAUUUAUGUUGGUUACCCUUGAGAAUUAAUGGGUUAAUUUGUUCAAAUUCCUAUAGGCCAUUAGUGGCUUUAUUGGGUUGUAUUGUUCUUUUAAAUUUUUGGGAAAUCAGUGCUUGAGCUUUAUAAUAAAUUAUUACUUAGCUUUUAACAUCCAUAUAAGUCAGUACCUUUCUUAGUUUUGCCAUUCUAGGAACUGGCUUACCUGAUGUUAGGCAUAGCAGCAUUAAAUUUUUAAUUUUCAUUGACUUCAGGUGUUGAUAGAAAAUGUUCAAAAUUUGGACCGUGCCUAUGAGUUUGCUGAACGAUGCAAUGAAGCAGCAGUAUGGAGUUUGUUGGCUAAAGCUCAGUUACAAAAGAACAUGGUGAAAGAAGCUAUUGAUUGCUUUAUCAAAGCUGAUGAUCCUUCUGCAUACACUGAGGUUGUUGAAGCUGCAAACAGAGAAGGUAGAUUUAACCAGUACUGGUUGUUUCUUACUUAAUUUACUUUAUGUCUGUGAGAGUGGAGGUGUAACUUCUUGUCAGUAUUGUAGGGGUUUUUUCAUGGAAGUCUAGUCCAAUAUUUUUGUUUAGUUCUUCCAAUUUCUUGCCCUUCCUCACUUGGUUUGCAUCUCUAGUUUAUGUCUUUUCAGAACUACAGUGUACAGUCAUACCCCGUUAAUAUGGACACUGAGGGGACCAUUGAAAGUGUCCGUAUUAAGUGGGCUGAAUUUAGAGAAAAUGGAAGGGCCUUCUUUUCCUAGGGACAAAUCAAACUAUCAAAUUAUCCGUAAUAAUGAGGUGUCAGUAAAGCGAGGUUUGCCUGUAUUGGCGUAGCCAGCCCAUAAACGGGUAGGCCUGGGCCUACAAAUUUUUGGUUUGAUCACUCUACCACUUGUAAUAUAUUGUGCGUUGUUGGGGUGAGCUAAAGAGCUCAAGAGCUCAAUGUGAUGGUGAGGUCAGUGCGUUCUAGUCAGGGGUGCAAUCAACAGAAUCAUAAACAAGCAUUUUUCAGGAUAUGUGGAAAUGAUAUUCUGAACCACAGUCAGCCAGGCCUACAAUAAGUUGGAAAGCUGGCUACACCCUUGGACUGUAUUGUCUGCUCUCAGACAAACUACUUGUACCUAUUUUAUUUGAAAGUGGUGAUGAUUGUUCACCUGUAGGCAUAUCCCCAUAUCUAAAACAUGCAUUACCUUCCCUUCUCAGGUAACUUUGAAGAUGUAGUGCGCUACCUACAGAUGGCCCAGAAGAAAUCUAGAGAUUCAUUUGUCGAAACGGAGCUCAUUUUUGCCUUUGCUAAAACUAACCGUCUUGCUGAACUGGAGGAAUUUAUUUCAGGACCUAACCAUGCUCAAAUUCAGCAGGUUUGUGUUCAUAUUUUUUUCUCAAUUGGCAUCUCAUUUCCACCCAAGUAUAAGUUGAAAUUCCUUGGUCAAUCGCUGAAUUUCGAUUUUACAUGUAUUAAAAGCAACUCACAUUUUUAACGAACUGAAUGUGUUUAAUUCUGAUGUCAACUGGCUGCCUGGCUCUGCUAGCCCCUUUGGUUAUUAAUUUUACUUUCAAUAUUUUGUUUGUCUUAAAUUUUUGUAGAGCAAGAGUGAGUACAAAUAAAUAUUCUUGUGUAGUUGAAGAUGAAGGGAGAGUUGGGUCACUUAAUGUAGAGUGAAACUCUUUUCUUCCUAGGACUAAGUGAUGUAAUUUCACAAAAUUAAUGAUUUAUGCCUGAAUCGAAAAGAAAGAUGGUUGACUGCAUUCUAGGUUAAAGAAUUUAUUACUGACCUCUGUCUUAACAUAUUCAAGAAAAACACAUUCAGAGUGUUUGGGUCUAAAUAGGUCUUUCAUCAGAAGAUUGUGUUGGAGGCUUUCAGUCUUAAAUUUCCAUUCUGGGCACUUGUAGGAUUGGAGGGGCUAAAAUUCCUCAUUCUCUACACAACAUUCUUGAAAUUUUCAAAAAGCACUUCAUGGAGGAGGAGGACAUAGACAUGUGACAAACUAGUCAAGAGACGUGUACAUUUGACGUGUAAUUUUGUAUAGAAAUAAAUAGUGUCUCGUAAUAGUGAUGGACACUUAAGCUUUAAGCAGUGAAUUUGUUUAUCAUUGUCACUUCAUGGUUCUCACUUCUCUCUCACAGGUUGGCGAUCGAUGCUUUGAUGAGAAAAUGUUUGAAGCUGCUAAGCUACUGUAUAAUAACGUGUCAAAUUUUGCCAAAUUAGCUUCAACUUUAGUUAACUUAGGAGAAUACCAAGCUGCAGUGGAUAGUGCCAGAAAAGCUAACAGCACCAAGACUUGGAAAGAGGUUUGUGGAAUUAUCAAAGCUAUAAACACUUUGCAUUUGUGGGUUUAUUAAAAUUUUUUAACCGCUUAAUGUGGUGCGUUUUGAAGAGUGUGAUGCUCUACUCCUUAUUUAAGCAUAAAUUAAACUCUUUUUUUUUCGUGGUUUGAGACCAAGGUUUUGUUUAAUGAAUUAUGAUAAUUUUUGUUUCUGCACAGGUCAUAGCAGUAAGUUGCAAAUGUUGGGUUCACUUAGUAGAACUAUUACAACUUUUAAGCUUUUCUUUACACCAUGUUAUGUUUAUUCUUCAUUACUGAGCGAUGAGAUUGCUGCUGAUUCCACUUGGGGAUUGUAAUCUGGAGACAGUGAUCUGCCCCAUUUUCACUUGCCUAAAGAAAUCAGCCAAUGGAUUUGGUGACCCACCCUUACAGAUGCAUGAAAAAAAAUAAAAUAAAAUAAAAAAACAAAACAGACAUCCAUUUUUGACUUACAAGUAUGUUCAUGGAUUUGACUCAGAACUUCAGUCUAAUUUUUUUUUCACAUCAACCCUUUUCUCCAGGUUUGUUUCUCCUGUGUCAGAGGAGAGGAAUUCCGCUUAGCACAAAUGUGUGGACUUCACAUUGUGGUGCACGCUGAUGAAUUAGAAGAGUUAAUCAAUUUCUACCAGAAUCAAGGCUACUUUGAAGAGCUCAUAUCCUUGAUGGAGGCUGCAUUAGGCCUGGAGCGUGCUCACAUGGGCAUGUUCACUGAGUUAGCAAUUCUGUAUUCUAAAUACAAACCUACUAAAAUGAGGGAACAUUUGGAGCUGUUUUGGUCCAGAGUUAACAUUCCUAAGGUGAGUAGUGACCAUGCUAAAGACUUCAUUAGACAUUGGAUAAUUUGGAAACUAUCUUGUGACCAUGCUCUCUAGAGGGCUAUGAGGGCCCAGAGAGCUUGCUCGCGGGGUUUUUGGGAACAAAGGCAAAUCAUUUGUCAAAAAAUAGCAAAGAAAUCGGUUGAUUCAAUGGGAAAGCAGAAUAGCAGUGUACUUAAGCUGGUUACACUUUUGCCCUUUUUGGUGAUAGCUUUUGUAACAGGCUCAGAAAUUUUUGACCCGAAACAGGUUUGAUGCUUGAUGUUGUUUGACCUCGUUGUAGUCUUCGAGAGCACUUACUGUUCUUAAAAAAUUCAUUUGCAAAAUCAUAUCAACUGCAUUGGAACCAUGAUAUAAGGAAUGCCUUUGUAAUGAAGACCUUGGUAGAUAUUGGGGCUCCUGUGUAUACGUUUUUUAGUUGCUUCGUAGGGGAAUGAGUAUCCUAUCAACUAAUUGGGGUGUUUCUUGGUUUUGCUAAAACCAUUGUUGGUUUGCUUUUGUGUCUAUUGUGGGUAUUGUUCAGUGUCUUUUCGGUCUUUUUUAGUACAUCAUUUGGUGACAGUCACCAAGGUUUCAACAUGCUGGGUAAAUUCAACAAGCAGGCAGGAAGUCAAACGCCUAGGGAUUUCGGGUCAUUAUCGGAGACGGAGACUCAGUCGGAGACUGCCCACCUACCCCUCCCCUAAAUUUUUUUUGGUUCUAUUUUCCUUCCAUUUUCCUACGAAAUGAGGCAAGGGUCACAUUCAUAGUUGCUGAGGGAAAUUCCUGCCCCCCACCUCCUUAAUGAAAGCCCUAGGAGAUUGCAUUUGGUGAAAGUAAUGCUUUAUUUUAAAGGUUCUUCGUGCUGCCGAGCAAGCCCACUUAUGGUCUGAAUUAGUGUUUCUGUAUGAGAAGUACGAAGAGUAUGACAAUGCUGUGCAGACCAUGAUGACCCACCCUACUGUGGCAUGGAAAGAGGCCCUCUUCAAGGAUGUCAUCUGUAAAGUGGCUAAUAUAGAAUUAUACUACAAAUCACUGCAGUUCUAUCUUGACUUCAGGCCGAUGCUAAUCAAUGAUCUCCUUAUGGUCUUGACUCCCCGCAUGGAUCAUACCCGUGCCGUAAAUUUCUUCAAGAAGGUGAGUGAACUCGGUAGUGAUAACAAUUAUGAAGUCUGAAAUUGCUACUAUAUGUUUGCCAUCCCUGUUGGUUGUAAAAGUAACCUGGAAGUGUUUUGGGGGGCUUUUUGUGUAAAUCCGUAUUUUGCAGUCAAUACCUUCAUCUUGCAAAAAUUUUGUCUAAUUAAUGGGAAAAGAUGUUCCCUUCACUGGCUCUUGUCCUAAUUAAUGUGAAUUAAGCAUUAAUUAGCAGUUAUUGCUGCGUCUGAUAUGAGGAAUUAUGCAGGUCAAGGAGGGUGUUUGACAUCUUAAGAUAAGUGGUUACGCUUUAUUUUGCAUUCACGGUUGGUAGUCGCCACUGUAAAAAUGAGAAAGGAACUGAGCCGAGUGUACCUUCGCAAAGACUUCUGGGAUUGCUACUAGGGACAGGAAAAAAAUUGACCUAUAGCUGACUGGUGUGUCCCCAGUAAAAAGUGGCGAAUAAUUGCUAUUUUAUACAAUAAUAUAAGCGUUCCCUCUGUUGUUACACUGCCGGUUUUAAUUGCUGGUCUUGUUUCAGGUCAACCAUCUUCCUCUUGUGAAGCCUUACCUCCGUUCAGUCCAAAGUCACAACAACAAGGCCAUCAAUGAAGCUUUAAAUGAUCUGCUUAUUGAUGAAGAAGACUAUAAUGGCCUCCGUGCAUCUAUCGAUGCAUUUGACAACUUUGACAACAUUGCGCUGGCUCAACGCCUAGAGAAGCACGAGCUUAUUGAGUUCCGCCGUAUAGCUGCUUAUCUUUACAAGGGCAACAAUCGCUGGCAGCAGUCUGUGGAGCUUUGUAAGAGGGACAAGCUUUACAAGGUGUUUAUAUCUUGAUACAUUUUUUAGUGUUGCUGGGGAUGUGGUUCCUACGUACGUGUAGAAUGGUGUUUGUUGUUUUAUGGUAUUGAAACUCUAAUAUCAGCACGCCUGUUCUUCCCACGGUUUUCUAUCAGUAUCAAUCACACAAUCAAGAGAAGAAGUUAUAAGAAGUUUAAAAAAUGAUCACCAAAGGGAGAAUGCUUUGAUCUUUUAUCACAUUCUCUCAACUUAUACUCGAAAAAAAAUGUAUUGAAAUCAGUUUGGAGAAUUUGCAUGUGAAUAUUGGGACUUUGAGGUUUGUAUAGAAAAGGCGGAUUGGAAGCAUUCCAGUUUGCAUGAAGGGGUUAAAUUGAUCUUCUCUUUAUAGGACGCUAUGCUGUAUGCUGCUGAAUCCCGUAACUGUGCCACAGCAGAAGAUCUUAUCCACUGGUUCUUGGAAAUAGGCAACCAUGAGUGCUUUGCCGCGUGCCUGUUCAUGUGCUAUGAUCUGCUCAGCCCAGAUGUUGUGCUUGAGCUGGCAUGGAGGCACAAUCUCAUUGACUUCGCUAUGCCUUAUAUGGUGCAGGUCAUGAAAGAAUACAUUGACAAGGUGAGAUUCCUUCUAUUGAUAUAAAUCAGUUAAAACGGCGAGGAGGCAACACUGCGAAAACGACACUUAGUGACUACAGUUAAGGGUCACGAGGUGCUAAGGGCAAAAGGCCGCCCCAAGUAUUUAGUCUUAUUUUUCUGCAGCUAUUAGACAAACAUUUUGUUCCAACCGUUAUAACUUGGAAUGUACGUAAAUUUGAACGUGAUUUUUUUCCCUAGCUAUGGAUUAAUUUUGUACUACACCAUUGCUGAUAACAAUGCAGAUAUUAGACACGCCACGAGAAUUAAUUACUCGUAAUUUUGUGAAGGAAGUAGAUCCUACUACUCCUUUAUGGCGUCCACUGCGCAACAAGGUUGAUGGAUCUAAAUGCAUAGGGAAAGAGUCAUCAAGGACGAACGUCAGCUGUGCUAUUGUAUAGUGGUCGGUCUUUUGCCGCGUGCGCAGUAGUUCUUUUUCUUGAUUACCAACCGCUGUUUGGGAAAUGAGCCCGCGCUCCUCUCCCGAACAGACAGUCUCUUCUCGGGGAGGACUGUCUGUGCAUGGUGUUAUGUGGCUUAUGUUCGUGGCAGCGUGAGCUUAUAAUAUUCUUUACUUUGUUUGAAAGGUGAACAAACUGGCCGUGUCAGAAGCCGAGAGAAAGGAUCAGGAAGAAAGCAAACAGGAUCAGCCAAUAGUGUUCGGUAGGCAUGAGUGACUAUCAUCAAUUUCCUCUUAACAUUUUCAAUACAUAAUUAAGGGGAAAGGUGAAGGAAUUAUUAAAAUGAUCACUACGGGGAAAAUGCCUUGAUCUUUUAUCCAAUUCUCCCAACUAAUUGUGUAGGGAAAUGUAUACAUAUCAGUCUGGAGAACUUAUAUGUGGAUAUUGGAUAUCCAAGGCUUAAAGUGUUAAACCAUACUUGAAGAACAGGAGUAAAAACAUCUUUUACGAUGCUGGCCAUGGAAAAGGCACUAAAAAGAAAAUGCAUACGAAAAACAGCAAUGUGUUAAAAUAUAGUGGAUGGAAAAUAAAGUUUCCUAAGUAUUGCGAUGGGUGUUAUAGCUAUACCAUACAUAAGCCUUCGAUUUAUUAUUUUGAGGGUUCAUACGUUAGUAAUCAAAUCCAUAUUACUGUCGUAAGCAGUAUUGUUACAAGCCCAUCCCAAGGAAUCUUUUUACUGCAGCUCCACCGAUUGUGGGUUAAAAAAGUGAAGAAUGGUCCACAGGUUGUUACUCUUGGGACCAAGGGAACUUUUUCCCGUGACAGGUGUUCAUUCGCCACUUAAAACCUGAAAAAAACUGGGCCGAGUAAACUUUCGAAAAGACUUAUGGGACUGUUACUGGGGACAAAGAAAAAAUUGGCCAAUAGCUGACCGGCACUUCCCCAUUAGCGAACCCAGAAACAAUCGCGCGACUCAUUUUCGGCCCUAGUUUCCUUCUCGAUUCUAAAGUGGCGAAUUGUAAGUGCAUCCAUUUGGAAAGGUUUUACCUUUUUGUGUUUCUGAAGAGGUGUUGUUUGUUUGAACUUAUUAGGUGCAGAUCAGCUGAUGCUUACAGCCGGACCAAGUAUGGUGCCUAAUAUGGGCGUGGUUCCGGGCAUGCCACCCCAACAGUUCCCCCCGGGAUAUCAGAUGCAGCCGGGAUACAUGUGACUUAAUUAGAAAACAAACAAAAAAUAGUAUAAAAAAAUAGCUAGGCCACAUGUUUCUGUGGUGUUUUUUUAUAUUCUCGUCGGUCAAUUCCCUACAGUAAGUAACUUAAAAUUUUAAAUUCAAUGAAUAACAGAAAACCGUACCACAAUAGUAUAUAGCUUGGAUCGUAGUGGUAGUUAAAUUGUUGGUCUAAAUGCCGGUGUGCUUUUAGCUUGGUUUGAUUUCCACUCAGUACCCUUCAAACCGUUGUAAACUUACGUAUGUAUGGAAAAUAAAGGCCAUUCAUAUUACAGCUAUUUUCUUGUUUCUAGUCAGAGAAAUGCAGUUUCCAGGGGA